UGCUGAAGACAAUUUUGGACCUCUGCUGUUAGCUCGGAUUGCUCCUAGACAAUAGCACAAGCAUUAUGGGACAUACAAAGAUGCUGAUGAUUAAAGGAUUUCUAUUCUUACUUCUGGUGAUCAACACGGAUGCUGAGACCACAACCCCUGCUGUAAGCACUCCAACCCCUGUCGGAAGCACCACAACCCCUGCUGAAAGCACCACAACUGCUGCUUUAAGUACUACAACCCCUGCCGUAAGCACUACAACCCCUGCUAUAAGCACUACAACCCCUGCCGAAAGCACUACAACUCCUGCUGUAAGCACCACAACCCCUGCUGUAAGCACUCCAACCCCUGCCGGAAGCACCACAACCCCUGCUGAAAGCACCACAUCUACUGCUUUAAGUACUACAACCCCUGCCGUAAGCACUACAACCCCUGCUAUAAGCACUACAACCCCUGCCGAAAGCACUACAACUCCUGCUGUAAGCACCACAACCCCUGCUGUAAGCACUCCAACCCCUGCCGGAAGCACCACAACCCCUGCUGGAAGCACUACAACCCCUGCUGGAAGCACUACAACCCCUGCCGGAAGCACUACAACCCCUGCUGCAAGCACUACAACCACUGCUGUAAGCACCACAACCCCUGCUGUAAGCACUACAACCCCUGCUGGAAGCACUACAACUCCUGCCGGAAGCACCACAACCCCUGCUGUAAGCACUGCAACCCCUGCUGGAAGCACUACAACCCCUGCCGUAAGCACCACAACCCCUGCUGUAAGCACUACAACCCCUGCUGUAAGCACUACAACCCCUGCCGGAAGCACUACAACUCCUGCCGGAAUCACUACAACCCCUGCUGUAAGCACUACAACCCCUGCCGGAAGCACUACAACCCCUGCUGUAAGCACCACAACCCCUGUAGUAAGUACUACAACCCCUACCGAAAGCACUACAACUCCUGCCGGAAGCACUACAGCCACUACCGGAAGCACCACAACCCCUGCUGUAAGCACUCCAACCCCUGCUGGAAGCACUACAACCCCUGCCGGAAGCACUACAACCCCUGCUGUAAGCACUACAACCACUGCUGUAAGCACUACAACCCCUGCCGGAAGCACCACAACCCCUGCUGUAAGCACUACAACCCCUGCUGGAAGCACUACAACUCCUGCCGGAAGCACCACAACCCCUGCCGUAAGCACUACAACCCCUGCUGUAAGCACUACAACCCCUGCCGGAAGCACUACAACCCCUGCUGUAAGCACCACAACCCCUGCAGUAAGUACUACAACCCCUACCGAAAGCACUACAACUCCUACCGUAAGCACUACAACCCCUGCAGUAAGCACUACAACACCUGCCGGAAGCACUACAACUCCUGCCGGAAGCACCACAACCCCUGCAGUAAGCACUACAACCCCUGCUGGAAGCACUACAACCCCUGCUGGAAGCACUACAACCCCUGCCGGAAGCACUACAACCCCUGCUGUAAGCACUACAACCACUGCUGUAAGCACUACAACCCCUGCCGGAAGCACCACAACCCCUGCUGUAAGCACUACAACCCCUGCUGGAAGCACUACAACUCCUGCCGGAAGCACCACAACCCCUGCCGUAAGCACUACAACCCCUGCUGUAAGCACUACAACCCCUGCCGGAAGCACCACAACCCCUGCAGUAAGUACUACAACCCCUACCGAAAGCACUACAACUCCUGCCGUAAGCACUACAACUCCUGCCGGAAGCACUACAACCCCUGCCGGAAGCACCACAACCCCUGCUGGAAGCACUACAACCCCUGCUGGAAGCACCACAACCCCUGGUGGAAGCACCACAACCCCUGCCGGAAGCACUACAACCCCUGCUGGAAGCACUACAACCCCUGGUGGAAGCACCACAACCCCUGCUGGAAGCACCACACCUAACACUGGAAGCACUACACCCCCUGCCGGAAGCACUACAACCCCUGCUGGAAGCACUACAACCCCUGCCGGAAGCACCACAACCCCUGCCGGAAGCACUACAACCCCUGCCGGAAGCACUACAACCCCUGCUGGAAGCACUACAACCCCUGGUGGAAGCACCACAACCCCUGCUGGAAGCACCACACCUAACACUGGAAGCACUACACCCCCUGCCGGAAGCACUACAACCCCUGCUGGAAGCACUACAACCCCUGCCGGAAGCACCACAACCCCUGGUGGAAGCACCACAACCCCUGCUGGAAGCACCACACCUAACACUGGAAGCACUACACCCCCUGCCGGAAGCACUACAACCCCUGCUGGAAGCACUACAACCCCUGCCGGAAGCACCACAACCCCUGCCGGAAGCACUACAACCCCUGCCGGAAGCACUACAACCCCUGCUGGAAGCACUACAACCCCUGGUGGAAGCACCACAACCCCUUCUGGAAGCACCACACCUAACACUGGAAGCACUACACCCCCUGCCGGAAGCACUACAACCCCUGCUGGAAGCACUACAACCCCUGCCGGAAGCACCACAACCCCUGCCGGAAGCACUACAACCCCUGCCGGAAGCACCACAACCCCUGCUGGAAGCACUACAACCCCUCCUGGAAGCACCACAACCCCUGCUGGAAGCACCACAACCCCUGCCGGAAGCACUACAACCCCUGCUGGAAGCACCACAACCCCUGCCGGAAGUACCACAACCCCUAAUGGAGUGACCUCAACCCCUGGUGGGAGCGCCACAACCACAAUUUCUGGUGGAGAUGCCCUAGCACUAAACACUGGUAUACAAGAUAAUUUCUGGAAGAUUAUCCUCAUAUGUUUGGGAUCCAUUCUAGCCUUUGCACUGUUUGCUUUUGCUGUAUUUAAGUGGUUAAAACCAACGUGUGCCACAAGCACUUCAUCUUCUUAUUGCCCAAACCGUGCCAACCGAGAGGCAUGUGUAUCUAACCGAAGAGAGGGGGAAUACCACACAAAUUAUCCUUUCUCAAUGCACAACAAUAUGGAGAUGGGUGGCGUAUCUAAUAUGGGUGGUCAAUAUGAUGUGAACCCAGUAAUAUGUCAAAACGAUUAGGAGGUUCCUUUUUUUCUAUAAUUUAUAAUAUUUUAGGACAGUAUUUUACAGCCCAACUGAAUUAUGGUCCUGUAUUGAUUAUGUUAUGAACUGCAAUUCUGAUGCCAUAAUUUGCAGUCAUGUUUAAUUACACUGUGCAACUGCUAGAGCAGGGAAGUAAAGAUGUAAAGUCUCAUACAACAAACAGCAGACCACAUGUGGCACUAAAUUCUUGCUGCAUAAUUUUAUUAAUGGGUACAUCACAAGUGAUGUCUCCCUUUAAAAAUUAAGUAUAUUUAAAUGGAGGCUCUUAGUACAAUAUUUCUCUGAACAUCUAUUUCACUAACUUCAGCUGAGCUUUAGGUAAUAGGUGCCUAUUAUUUUUUAUAAACAAACAUUUAAAAGCCACAGUUUAUAGUCACACGGUAAUAGAGAGAUAUACCCAGAAUUGCCAAAUGUGUAAGGCAGGCCAUACAUUAUGCAAGUUUCAUUCCUUCAACUAUGGUUUAAAGGAAACAAAAUUGUUUGAUUACCCCAUUAACACAGUCAGUGUUUAUGGGGGAAUCCCUCCUGUUGAGCUAUUGU